CUAGAAAAAUCUAGAACUUUUAACCUGUCAAUUCAAUUUUAACUAACACGAAAGUUUGUUUCACAUCCCAGUGUUGAUUCAGAGAUAAAUUUGAAGUAAAAGAUGCCAGGUGUUAAUACAAGUAUGGCUCUACUACCGGUAGCAGAAGUUUCACAUGCAGGAGAACCUACACCAUUAGAAAAUCAACCAAGACAACCCAUGAGUUUGCAAGGAUUACUUAGAUUUUCUAUGGAAGCUACAAGGGCAGAAGAUACUCCUUCUAAUAGUGAAUUCAUGCCUAUGGACGAUGAGAGAAAGAAAUUCCUUGAAGAAGCUCUGAAGUCAAUGACAGUAGAUGUUGUUGAAAUUCUCCAAAGACAGAUAGUGUUGUUAAAAGGAGUUGAAUCUCUAAAUACUUCAGAAGGGAAUACAAAAUAUUUAGAAGCUAUAGAAACUAUUUUGGAAUAUGUUGAUAAUAUUGAUAUUGCUAAUGAUUUUCACAAAAUUGGUGGAUUUACAACCAUUUAUCCCUGCAUGAAGUCCACUGAUAGCAAAAUUCGAGCAGGAGGAUGUGAACUACUGGCAGUUUUAUGCCAAAACAAUCCAUAUUGUCAAACAGUAGUUCUUGAUAAUGAAUUUGUACCAAAACUUUUAUAUAUGAUAGAAAACGAUGAUGAUGGACAAGUUGUAACUAAGGGUAUUUAUGCUUUAGGCGGCAUUGUGAGAGACAAUCCUGAAGGUCUGACACAGUUAAUCCAUUAUAAUGGACUCUCAGUGUUACUGAACUGUCUGAAAAGUAAUCAUGAGAAUGUUAUUAUCAAAUCAGCAUUUCUUCUUGGUACCUUAUGUAGAGCAGCACCAAAUUUAAAAGAAAAACUUACAUCACUAGGAAGUGUUCCACAACUCGUUUCUUUAUUUUUAACUGAAAGAUCUGCUUGCCACGAACAUGUGAUGUCUUUGCUGGUAUCUAUACUUGAAGAUAAUCCUGUUGCUGUAGAUCAGUUUAAAAACCAUUCACCAAACAUGAAAGAUUUGUUGCAGAGAUAUUUGUCUAGUGUGAAUAAUCGAGAAGAAUGUUUGGAAGAACAGACAUACUGUAAGAGGCUUCUCCAUAUAUUACAGUCCUAGAUCAAAACUGCAAGCACUCAAACAACAGCUGUGAAACUUUUUUAUCUUUACAUAUUGUUUAAAUUUUUGUAUAUAUUUAUUUAAAAUAAAUUUGUUUUUUUUCUACAA